AUGGAGUUCCGCCCGCCGCGUUCUCGGCGUCUCCCCGGAGAACGACGCGGCGCAAACGAACUUCUCGCCGCAGAAGACCGACGGCGGCCCCCGGCCCUCGGCGACGCGCGGGGCGGCGGUCGCCCGCGCCCCCUCUGCCGCGCGGAGCGGAGCGAGCCGCCGCGCGUCGGCGAACUACAACGACCGGCGUCGCCCCCGGCGAGAGCGAGGCAGCGUAAACACAACUCCAGGAACAUGAAAAGAUCGGGUGACAGUGAGGGGGAGAAGAGAAGAAAGAGGCGGAAGAUACUGCAGGAGCUGGGUAACAAGAAGAUCCCCUUCCUGGGACCUGCAGACCGGGGCUUUCAGCCACUGUGGGACUCCAGUUACUCUGGCCUGGUUCUGAGGAGAUCCUGCUCGCUGCCUGCUGAGCUCCAUGGCCAAGUGCAAGCAGCUCUGCUCACCCUGAGAAGCAAGGGCUGCCUCCUGAGGGAUCUGGUUCGCGUCCGUGACCGGGACGUAUUCACUGCCGUGUCCCGGGCUCUGCUGGGGGAGCCAGGCCACACCUAUCGCUAUCUGGACACACGGCUCUUUGCCAUACCCUGGCACAGUGAGGAUGCUGAGGUCAAAGGAACAAACUGUUGUGACCCUGACUUCAGAGCUGCCUGCAAGGCAUUGUGGGAACUUAACACCUUCUUCUGCUCAGACGUGACUCAGGGAGGAGGAGACGACCUAACGCAAUGUGCAAAGGGAGAGGCAGAGGCCAAACAGGGAAAAGAGGGGGACACGGAGUCUAAGCACAGUGAAGACUCCAAAAACAGCGAAGGAGGGGACUCCGAGUCCAGACAAAGUGAGGAGGGGGACACAGAGUCCAAGCACAGUGAGGAGUGGGACAUUGAGUCAAAACACAGUGAAGAAGGCUGUGCCGGGUCAAAACCAGAAGGCGAGUGGGAGACUGAGUCCAAACACAGCAGUGAGGAGGGAGAGUCCUCCCAGGUCAAACCCUGUGAAUCCGGUGUUGCAGAGCAAAGCAAAGAAAAAUGUCCUGGCUGGCCACCUAAGACCAUCAGUGGUGCAGAGACUGAACCUGUGGGGCUGGGGCCCCAGGCCCAACUAAAGCGCAGCCUGUCAGAUGACCACAUUGAGGACAAGGACGACCAGGCGAGUGGGCAGGGCUGUUCCCAGCCUAGUCCACCCCAGGUAUGCGCCGGUCUGGUCAAGUUCAACGUCACCUUGCUCAACUACAUGGACCCCGCAGCAAUGAGACAGCUGAAAGAGGAGCCGUACUACGGCAUGGGGAAAAUGGCGGUCGGGUGGCACCACGACGAGAACCUGGUCACUCAUUCGCCAGUGGGUGUUUACAGCUACAGCUGUCAAGAUGGAAAAGGUGAGAGCAGUGAGGGAGGCAGCGGCGAGAGGGCGUGCUGGAGGAUUGGGCUCAAGGUGGCCUGGGACAUCCACACACCUGGCCUGAUGCUGCCACUGGAGUCGGGAGACUGCUAUUACAUGAGAGAUGACCUGAACAGUACCCACCAGCACUGUGUCCUAGCAGGAGACUCUGCACGCUUCAGUUCCACGCACAGAGUGGCCGAGUGUUCCAGUGGGACCCUGACCUACAUCCAGUCACGCUGCCAAGAGGCCCUGUCUAACCUGCACACUGACCCAGAGACGGGCUCCCACAGCCUGCUGGCCCUGCUGCCAACAACGCUACAGCACUGUGAGGAGAUUCACAAUGAGGUGGAGUUCGAGUGGCUGCGGCAGUACUGGUUUCAGGGCCAGCGCUACACCCGCUUCUGCAGCUGGUGGACCAGACCGAUGGAGCAGCUGGAGAAAGACUGGCGGCUCAUGGAGACCAUGACCAUGCGCUUCCUGGCUACAGUGGAGGAGGAGGGCGGAUCAGGGGAGGGACGGAGGGAGAUGGCAGAAACCCUGCUGUCGGCCUUGACGGACAGACACCAGCAGAGACAGACAUGGAGAGACAGGUGCCACUCGAGCCUGGCCCAGACAUUGCCCCCCGAGGAGGCCCCGGUGGACCGACCCUUCUGGGGUGUGGAUGACCCCGACAUGCCGCUGCCCUUUGAUCUGGCCGACAUCAUCAACAGAGUGGAGUCACUCCUGUGGAGGAUGUGAAGGAUGGACAGAUGAGGUGAGAAAGAAAGAAAGACGAGAGAGAAAAAAAAACACCAGCUUUUCUGAAGGGCCCCCCAUAUUAGCUGAGGGGACAGACCACUGACGACACCUCCGUUGUGAUCACAUCAAGAUUGGGUUUCUUUUGAUUGGGGCAUCCACAUCACAUCCCCCCUACUCCACCCGCCGCUACCCCAGCCGACGCCUGGCGUCUCAGCCGCCCGGGCUUGUUGGAUUGGGCUCGAAGGGAACCAGACGGCCGCGAUAGAACCAGAAUAGAGCCUCCGUAACAUGCUAACAACGCAAGCUUAGCGACAAGCUCCUAGUGCCACAGCGGUCUAACGAAACAUACGUGGAACCUGUAUUUCAGUGUUAGCAUACAUUGUGCAACUAU